AAUGAAUACUAUCGAUACGCAUGGAUGUUCGGCGCUUUACAACACCUUUUCGUCAGCUGCUCCACAUUCAUUGUUUUGUUUUGUUUAUCCUGGGUUUAUUAUUUUAUUUUUGAAAUUAUGUUAAAAAGCAGCAAUAUUAAUAGCGUCAUCAGUGAGCAACUCGCUGCCGAUCAGACAGCCAGUGACCAAAGGAACCGCCUCAAUGCGAAUACGAAAGCAACAACCGAAAACUCCACCUGUUGGUCAGCCAUCAACCAGGAUGCUUUGGGUGGCAGUCUGGCGGCGGUGCAACUGUCCGCUGGAGUGCUCCAAAUAGCAGAACCACCGCUGGAUCGUGUGCGCAGCCAGCUGCGGGAACUGAUUGGCAAACAAAACAAGAUCUACAUUGACCUGUCCAAGGAAAAGUACAAGCUAGACUGCAGUGAAGUAGCCAGGCUAAAUGAUAUGAUGGGCGACGUGAAGCGCUACAAGGAAAAGCUGACGCGAGUCAAGAGGGAGAUGCAGGGUAUCUACCAGCGCACCAAAGAGUUGAAGAAACGCGCCGCGAACGUGGCGGCAUGCAAGCAGCGUGAUUACCAGCGCAAGCUCGAGCGGCAGCAGCACGAAGAGUCGCUCAUUGGCAGCCAGAAGACGCAGUAGACGCAACCAGCGUCUGGCAGCUUAAAAUAAUAUUUGGAUUUCCCACAUUAACACCUAACUAAGUACUUAAAUACACAACACAACAGUAGAACAAAAGUUGGACCAUAUGGAAAAAACAAUAUUAAUAAUUAAUUGUACAAGUGUGUAUGUAUGUUAUGCAGUGUUACAUUGUUGACUGUAAUUUAGGUGUAUAAUUAAGUAAAUACUUUGGAGAUUUCGCCACAGAACGAAGCCACAUGCAGGCAGAGCCAGGCCAGGCCAGGCCAGGCCGGAGCAAGGAGCCAAUCGAAUAAAUUUAACUACAAAUAUUAAA